AUGGCUCCUUGUGCACCAAAGAUGAUUGCGAACAAGGUUGAAAUUGAUAAGCUCAACGAUUCUGAUCAGCCUUCGACUGCUAUUAUCACUGUCGAGGAGAAGCAAAAUCCAUUCAGCCACUACACUAAAACCCAAAAGAUGGUAUUCAACGAUGAAAAGGGUGCUAAAGUAGAAGGUAUUAUGUUCGAACAGGUCGUCAGCAUCAUGGGACCAUGA